AUGCAACGGUUUUUGGUUUUCGCGGUUUUGUUAUUGGGAAGUAUUGGAUAUUUGGAUUCCGCAGCGGAUAUUUGUGAGAUUCUCGACACAAACUACUGUUUCUACUUCUCCGACGCUACCUGUAACAUCAAACUGUGUCAAUGUGAGGCAUGCUCAAAACCAGACAAGGCUCUAGCACUUCUAGAGGCCUCAGGAUCCUCGAAUUCGACUCAAGAACACGAAAAGUUGUGCCCAUCGUGGUGUGGACAUAUGACGGACGAGAAAAUUGCGAACAUUUUGGAGACUAAGGACAACUCUACCUCAGAACUCCCAGAAAUUUCAUUCGAAUGUGAGGACCUUAAAGAAAACUGUCUUGCUAAGAAAGGGUACAACGGGCACUGUUAUUUCUAUGAGAAAAAUUGUGAGCCGCUGCCACAAAUCACUAGGAAAGGAAAGUCUAAGAAGAAUUCACGAAUCCCAAAAACCAUCGCCGAGUGUCUUAAACAUCAGAAGAAAUGCAGUCAAAAGUACAAACGGCACUUCAGUUGCAAGACUUUUAGAAAGUACUGUAGGAAGUUUGAUCUACCGGAGUUGGAGAGCAAUAACUCUACGAAUACAACCCUGCCACAAGUAACCCCACUCGAGCAAUGUCUCAACUUCCAAAAGAUCUGCGCGGCGAAAUACAAAAAACAUUUCGCGUGCCGGCAAUACCGCAAGAAGUGCAAAGUAUUCGACCUCCCAGAAAUUCACUUUGAGGAUUCAGAAGUCACUCAGAUGACGUCACGUCAUCACAAACAUCAUAUGAGAAAGGGACAUGGAAAGGGGAGCAACGAGACUGUGGUGAUUUCGACGGAUGAAGUUUUUGUGGGAGGAGGAGCGAAUGAGACAUUGGUGGAGACGUUGUUGAAAAGGAAUUAA